GAAAAAGGUCUUCAACCACGUCAGCUUCGAGCUGCUGAAAAACGACUCCUUACCAGAUAGAGAGAGACUUCGGGGAGAGAGAGGGAGGACUCGGAUUUCUCGGGGGGACAUAGAGUGAUAAGAGAUAGGCUGAGCGAGAGAGAGAGAGGCUCACCGAGCGAGCUAGCUCUUCAGGAGUCAAGGCUUCUGGGUGAGGGGAAGAAGAAGAAGCUUCUUUGAUGUGUUGGGGUGCCAAUCUAAAGAGGAAGAAGAAGGCCUCUAAUGUAUUGAGGUCGGCUGUCUGGGCUGCCGAUCUGUGUUGAAUGGAUAGUUUGGUAGAGAUGCUUCAACGACAUAGGGUGGCUGAAAAGGGUUUGAAGAAAGUGAAGGAGGAAACCAAGUAAUAUCAACUUAAGUGGCCCAAUUAUCAUGGAAGCAUGCAAUUGUAUUGAGCCACAAUGGCCAGCUGAUGAAUUGCUGAUGAAGUAUCAGUACAUCUCGGAUUUCUUUAUUGCACUUGCUUAUUUCUCCAUCCCCCUGGAGUUGAUCUACUUUGUCAAGAAAUCUGCAGUGUUUCCAUACAGAUGGGUCCUUGUUCAGUUUGGUGCUUUCAUUGUAUUGUGCGGAGCUACGCAUCUUAUCAACUUAUGGACUUUUAGCAUGCAUUCAAGAACUGUGGCCAUAGUAAUGACCACUGCAAAGGUUUUAACUGCUGUGGUGUCAUGUGCAACUGCCCUCAUGCUUGUACAUAUUAUUCCUGAUUUAUUGAGUGUUAAAACUAGGGAACUAUUCUUGAAGAACAAGGCUGCAGAGCUCGAUAGAGAAAUGGGUCUUAUUCGUACACAAGAGGAAACUGGUCGACAUGUCAGGAUGCUGACCCAUGAGAUCAGAAGCACUCUUGAUAGGCAUACUAUACUGAAAACCACACUUGUCGAAUUAGGUAGAACUUUGGCAUUGGAAGAGUGUGCCUUGUGGAUGCCGACACGUACUGGCUUAGAGCUUCAACUAUCCUAUACACUACGUCAGCAGAAUCCAGUAGGAUAUACUGUACCCAUUCAUCUUCCUGUGAUCAAUCAAGUAUUUAGUAGCAACCGCGCAUUAAAAAUAUCUCCUAAUUCUCCAGUGGCAAGAAUGAGGCCACUUGCAGGAAAGCACAUGCCAGGGGAGGUUGUUGCUGUUCGUGUCCCGCUCCUCCAUCUCUCUAACUUCCAAAUUAAUGACUGGCCAGAGCUGUCAACGAAACGCUAUGCUUUGAUGGUCUUGAUGCUUCCCUCUGAUAGUGCAAGGCAAUGGCAUGUCCAUGAGUUGGAACUGGUUGAAGUAGUUGCUGAUCAGGUGGCAGUUGCUCUGUCACAUGCUGCAAUAUUAGAAGAGUCAAUGAGGGCAAGGGAUCUCCUUAUGGAGCAAAAUAUUGCACUUGAUCUGGCCAGGAGGGAAGCGGAAACUGCAAUUCGUGCUCGCAAUGAUUUCUUGGCUGUUAUGAACCAUGAGAUGAGAACUCCCAUGCAUGCAAUUAUUGCCCUUUCUUCCUUGCUGCAGGAAACUGAGUUGACACCUGAGCAGCGCCUGAUGGUGGAAACAAUCUUAAAGAGUAGUCACCUUUUGGCUACCCUCAUAAAUGAUGUAUUGGAUCUUUCAAGGCUUGAAGAUGGCAGCCUUCAGCUUGAGAUAGCAACUUUUAACCUCCACUCUGUAUUCAGAGAGGUUCAUAAUUUGAUUAAGCCUGUUGCAUCUGUCAAAAAGCUAUCGGUUUCAUUAAAUUUAGCCGCAGAUUUGCCAGUGCAAGCCGUAGGUGACGAAAAGCGCCUCAUGCAAAUUGUUCUAAAUGUUGUUGGGAAUGCUGUUAAGUUCUCCAAAGAAGGGAGCAUCUCAAUCACAGCUUUUGUUGCAAAAUCAGAAUCCUUAAGAGAUUUCCGUGCUCCUGAGUUUUUUCCGGCGCAAAGCGAUAAUCACUUUUAUCUGCGUGUACAGGUAAAAGAUUCAGGAUCAGGAAUAAAUCCGCAGGAUAUUCCAAAGCUAUUUACCAAAUUUGCCCAAACUCAGUCAUUAGCUACUCGAAAUUCUGGUGGUAGUGGACUUGGCCUUGCAAUUUGUAAGAGGUUUGUAAAUCUUAUGGAGGGGCAUAUUUGGAUUGAAAGUGAAGGUCCUGGAAAGGGAUGCACUGCCAUUUUCAUUGUGAAACUUGGAUUUGCAGAGCGUUCAAAUGAAUCUAAGCUGCCUUUUGUGACUAAGGUGCAAGCAAAUCAUGUACAAACGAACUUUCCAGGGUUGAAAGUCCUUGUCAUGGAUGAUAACGGGGUCAGCAGGUCAGUGACUAAGGGACUCCUUGUGCACCUGGGAUGUGAUGUAACAACUGUAAGCUCAAUUGAUGAGUUCUUGCACGUUAUUUCUCAAGAGCACAAGGUGGUGUUUAUGGAUGUGUGCAUGCCUGGAAUUGAUGGUUACGAACUUGCUGUCCGGAUACAUGAAAAGUUUACAAAACGUCAUGAACGGCCAGUAUUAGUAGCACUUACUGGAAAUAUAGACAAGAUGACAAAGGAGAACUGCAUGAGGGUUGGUAUGGAUGGAGUUAUACUGAAACCUGUCUCAGUUGAUAAAAUGAGGAGUGUUUUAUCAGAACUGUUGGAGCAUCGAGUUUUAUUUGAGGCUAUGUAAGAUAUAGGAAAAUUGUUCUAGUGAAGGAAAGAUUUAAAUGGAAAAUUGAAAUGAAAUCUUCCUCCGGCGAUUUGCAGUAUCGCAUACACAGAACAUGGCAUUGUUGCAAUACAAUAAAAGCUGUAGCAAUGUCACCAAAGAGAAGCAAGAUGAACAAUAACCCAUUUGUGUAAACUGAUGCCCCACAGUUUGUUGGAAAAGAAAAAUGUUGGUUGUCAUUGCUUGCAACACUAAUUUUUCUAUAUAUGGAUGAUAUUGUUUCUCACCUGAA